CACUACAAAAUCGUAUUCCGUGCAAUGCGUACAUCCGUAGCAUUCAAUCUCUGAAUAUUUUGACAGUGUUUGAGUAAAUAUUAAGUAGCCUAGAAGUUGUAUUAUAUUCUGUAUUACUCUUUUAGUUCCGAGCAAUAAUCUUAACGCGGAUCGCGGACUCAAAUAUCCUACAAGACAGCAGUUUGCAAGUUAUAACUUGCCUACGUCGUUUGAUCGUUGUUCAUAUUUUUCGUUCGAAGUCUGUAGUGUUUGUUUACAGUGUAGGAGGAACUUACUUGUUUUUAUUAUCGUUGUUUCCGUGUGUGAACCGUGAGUGCGCGUCGUUCGUGACCGGGGACCGCAUCUGCGACGACGCACUAACCACUAACGACAUAUUAUCAUAGCACUUGUACUGCAGUGCGACGGUCGUCGCUUGGAGUUAGUCAGAACAUUCAGAACGACGCCGGACUCGGGUACUGCGACUUGCCAUAAUCACUGAGGUCCUUCCUCCGAUUUUUGUCUAUGGAACGUUUCUCACAGACAAACGCGAUAGGCGUCGGCCACUAGGGCAGACUCACAAUACACACUAUUGUACGUUCGGACGGCGUAAUUUUCAUAGUUACGCAAACCGCCUGAAUGGGAAUUUGAAGAUCAAAAGCGGUGCGAUGACGACCAAACCUCUGAAACGACAACGCGAACCAGACGACGAUGAUGUCGUCAGUACUGCUUGUUCAUCCGCCGAAACCGCUUCUACCACAAUCCUGGACUUGCCAACUGAAUUGAUUGAGUACAUUUGCUGUUGCGAUUCGUUGAAAUUGAUUGACGUCUUCAACCUUGCUGUUUCGCAUUCCAAACUUAACAACUGCUUGUUUCAUGAACGAAACUCUUGUCUCUGGAAAUCCAAAUUCAUACAAAAGUACGGUCCACUAGAUAGUGAGGAAUAUGAAAUUGUUAUUGACAAAAAAAGUACUUGGAAGGACGAGAUAAUGUUGCGUUUGAGGUUUGAUAAAGCUGUACCUGCUGAAAUUAUACAAAUGCCAAGCCGGUACAUGAAGUUAAAAAAUGUACCAUAUCAUGUGUAUCCAUUUGGUGAAUAUUUGAACUCAGAAAAUGAAGGGCAUAGAUAUUAUAUUCUAUCUGCCACUUUAUCUUAUUAUAAACAACUUCAGAGUAACGAAAGUCGUUAUAGUAACUUGGAUAUAUUGUACGCGGCACAUCAAUUUCUCAUUUACUCAUGUCAAGUCUAUUUUGGUUAUAAGUUAAGUCAUUUCUUAAGUUUACCACCAGCAGAACAAAUUGUUGAACGAGGAUUUCACUUACUGGGACGUUGGUGGUGUCCUACUGUUAAUACACUAUAUCGCGAUAUAAAUAAAAGCUUAAACAACAUAGCUAUAAAUGUAUACAAUCGCAUUCAUUUAACUAACCCAGCUCAUCCACUAUUUGAAUAUGAAGACUGUUUGGAACAAGUGAUUGAACGUGGAAAAUACAAUAUUGAUCAUGAUUUAUUCAAUGAAACCAGUUCGAUAAUUAUACUUGAAACCAUGAAACAAAUCAUAUUUUCUAAUGAACAACUGGUUUGUUAUUGUAACAAUGACCUAAAUUGCUUUUUGUUGCAACAGGUUAUUGAUCGGAGAAAAGGUUCUGUAUCUUUGUUAUGUGUGAUAUUUGAAUCAGUUGCUAGACGAUUAGGAGUAAAGGUCCGCUUAACUGCAACAUCUGUUCACAAUUUUAUAUCUUGGUCAUCUUCAUGGCCGGGAAAUAAACAUAAAAACCCUACAUGCUACUUAGUAGAUAUUGCUAAUGGUGGUGUUAUGCGUAAAGCUACGGUUUGUCCAGUCUCAGGAAAAUUACCAGAACAUUUCAAUGCAAAUUCAAUAGUUGAUUUAUUUUGGAUGUUUAGUAAAACUGUGGAGCAACUCACUGUUGAAAAUUUAUCUACAUAUAAAUAUGUAUUGGAUUUCCAAAAACUCUUAAAACCUGGUGAUUCUGAAGUUGAACUUAAAUAUCAAAAAUUCCAUCAGUAUUAUGAUUAUUGUCAAUGUCCCUUGCUUAGAAGUCCAUCUAAUCCUUCUGCUCCACAUCAUGUAGAUGAGAAAGACAUUAUGUACACAGAUUGGGAAGAAAUUUUCCCCUCAGUACCUAAAACGCGUGGUGAGAAACAUGAUCCAAAAUAUGCAAUUGGCAUGAUGAUUGAUAUCAUUGCAAUGGGCAAUGGCUCUUGUUCAAGUAUAGUGACUAAACGUGGUAUUGUUGUGGGCUGGACAAGAGUUCCCAGUAAUAACCCAUUGCCAAAUCCAACUGUGUACCAUGUGCUCGUCAGACCUGAUCAUUACACUACUGCUAAAUAUCUAAACCCUGUUAUCAAAGCGAUAUGGGAAGGCAGAUAUGAAAAAUUGCAGAGACAACUGAAACCACAUGAAUACAAUUUCAAGAACAUUGGCAAGUUUUUUACACAUUUCAGUCAUGAGUUGGGCGCUUUCAUGCCGAUUAAUGAUUUGGCUCAACUUUAUCCCGAUGAUCUAUCAUACACUAUUAGUAAAUCAUCGAACCUUGACUACAAAGUUAAACCGUUUACAGGUCCACACGUUGUUCCUAAGUAUUAAUGUGUUUUUUUUUUAAUGCUUUAAUAUAUUUUGUUUUUUUCUCAUUAUUCAAACAAAACCUAAAUAAUAAAUUUUAAAUAUAUACUUAGCUAUUAGUAAAUAAAAACCCUUUUUGGUAGAAAAAUGUAAUAUGACUCUAAUUACGCACUACAAUCUUGUUUGUCUAGCACAUAUUAUUUAUUUUCUAUCAGUGUCGCUAACUUUAUCAACUCAACCCAUGAAAAUGACAAUAUCCUAUUCCAGUCCUUAAGACUUAGUAAGUAAUAAAUGUUUUAUUUUGUUUCAACCGGGAAA